GUCAGCCCUUCCCAGGUUUUCCUUUCCUUUACUUAUUCCUUCUCUCAAGAUAUCAGCCCAUCAAGCCAAUCUAUUUUUAUGACUUCAAACUCCAGAACCAGGUUGCACCUCUUCUCAUGUGCCUGUGGUUUGGGGUGGGUCCCAGUCCAAAACAGGGACAGCAACAACUAACGCAAGAAGACCAACACUCUGGAAAUUAAAAAAAUUUUUUCAACUCAACUGGCUUCUAAUAACUUGGAUAAAAGAUGAGAUAAACUACCCAGUAUUCCUUUUUUUACUUGGUUUUAUACCUCACAUGAAUUCAGGAUUCACUAUGAUAUUUUUCACAAUGCAAGACUAAAGAUAAGUGCUCAUCCUGAGUGCUCCUAAUCCACUUGGAAUUUACAUGGUGCUAUUUAACGACAGACUCAAACCCUGACAUGGCUGCCGUUUAGAAAACUACUCCAGUGAUGGCUUGGGGUCUUCUUGUCGCCUCUCCACCUUUGGACUAGAGGCCUGCAGAGUGCCAAGGGGAGCAAUCCCAGAACCAAAGACAUUGUCACACUUACCAUUAUAAACUCUCAGUUCACCUUCUGUGUCUGAGACAUCAUAAAAGUUGCAUGUGAACAUGACAAACCAGAGAGACCCUCAAUGUCUGCACAACCUUGCCUACCACCCACGAUGGCGGCACCACUCAGUUAAAGUGAUAAGAAAGAGGCAUAUAUGGACGGUGAUUACAAAUAGUUUUGCUGGGUGUAGAAAGUCUGAGUUAUUAUCAGCAUCAUUAUCAUUGUCAUCAAAAUCCUUGUCAUCAACACCACAGUUGCCAUCAUCCCCAGUGCAGGGCACCAGAAGAUUAAGGGGGAACUGGUUUCAUCUCCUUUUACUUAUGAUCUCAUUAUUCCCCUGUCAAGCAUGGGGAACCACUUUCAAGAUCGCCCUGGUUGGACCCUGGACUUGUGACAUCUUAUACUCCAAGGCUCUCCCUGACCUGGCAGCCAGCCUUGCCACCAGCCGUAUAAACAAGAACCCCUACCUGAACAAAGGCUACUGGUAUGACUACACGCUAGUUAAUGAGGACUGCAAGUCAACUCGUGCCCUUGUUCGCUUUGCUGAUGUAGAAAGUUACGGUGCUGCUUUCUUGGGCCCUGCUAACCCAGGCUACUGCUCCUCAGCUGCUUUGUAUGCAAAAGAGUGGGAUGUUGGGAUUCUGUCUUGGAGUUGUCUCAAACCUAACAUGAAUGCAGGAGACAAGUAUCCUACUUUCCUAAGGCCGCUCCCUCUGUCCGCCCAUGUUAUUUUUACUGUGUUAAGGUAUUUUCAAUGGGCCCAUGUGGCCAUCAUCUCAGAAGAAGCAGAUAUUUGGGAAGCCACAGGACAGGAGUUAGCCACUUCACUUAGGGCCCUUGGCCUGCCUGUCAACCCUGUAGUCACAAUGGAGAACGAUAAGGACGGGCCUCGGAGAGCUCUGACCAGAGUGAGGGAAACAGAUCGAGUUAGAGUAAUCAUCAUGUGCAUGCCAUCUGUCCUGAUUGGUGGCCAGGCCCAGUACCGACUCCUGACGACAGCCUUAGCUAUGCGUAUGAUAGACCGUGGCUAUGUUUUUAUUACCUAUGACACGCUUCUGUAUUCCCUGCCAUACAAAGACACAAACUACUACAUGCUAGGAAAUGAUACCAAGCUCCGAAAAGCCUAUGAUGGGGUUCUCUCCAUCACUAUGGAGUCUGGGGAACGCAAUUUCUAUGAGGCCUUCAGAGAUGCUCAGAACACCUAUGAAAUACGCAGCAGUACUCCACCAGAGCAGGUUUCUCCAUUCUUUGGCACCAUUUACAACAUGAUGAACUACAUAGCUAUGGCUGCUGAGCAAGCCCGCGCAAGUAGAGGACGCUGGGUAUCAGGUGCCAUCUUGGGAGACAGUGAGGGUGGCUUUGAGUUUGAAGGAUUCAAUCAGCAGUUGCAGGCUGGAAGAAACGGUGAAGGGAUGCAGGCGGGCUAUGUAGUUCUAGACUACAGCGGCAUGGGCACCUCACUCUACUCCACACAUUUUCUUCAUGCUAGUCACACAGAUGGCAAGACCGGUGGCUUGAAAUAUCUUGGUCGCUCAGUCCACUUUGCAGGCAGCACUCCCUACACAGAUUCAAGUUGCUGGUUUAGCCCACAUUUUGCUUGCUCUGGAGGGAUGGAUGUAACUACGUUCUUCUUUCUACUCCUUUUGUUCAUUUCACUGGUGGGAAGUUUUAUAAACAUCUUUCUUCAUUUGAAGAAACAAGGCAGGGUUGGGUUCACCUUUGGGGGUGAUGGAAAUGGUGGCUCAUCGAAGGUGAUUCUGACUCUUGAUGAUCUGGUCUUUAUCAAUACUCAAGUCAGCAAACGGAAGCUAAACGAUGAAAGUAUAAUGAAAAGCCAAGGGGACAUGAAGACACCUCACCACUCAGUGUCUGGUCGUAGCUACCUAGCCUCUAACCCAGACAGUUCAAACGUGGCUGUGUUUGAAGGUGACUGGGUUUGGUUAAAGAAAUGCCCCACAGGAACAGUUUCUUGUGUGGGUGGCAACACAGAGGUGAUCUUUGUAAAGCUAAGGGAGAUGAGGCACGAGAACCUCAAUCUGUUCCUGGGACUGUUCUUUGACUCUGGGAUCUUUGGCAUUGUGACCGAGCACUGCAGCAGGGGAAGUUUGGAGGAUUUACUGGGGAAUGAGGAAGUGCGUCUCGACUGGAUGUUUAAGUCUUCCUUGUUAAUGGAUUUGAUCAGGGGCAUGAAGUACCUGCAUCAUCGUAACAUCAUCCAUGGACGGCUAAAAUCCCGUAACUGUGUGGUGGAUGGGCGCUUUGUGCUGAAGGUGACAGAUUAUGGGUUUAAUGAAAUUCUUAAUGCACAAAGCAUUGAAACGGAUGAGGAAAAGCCUGAGGACUUGCUUUGGACGGCUCCGGAGCUGCUGCGAAACCUGAGUGAGAGGAGGAAAGGUACUUUCUCUGGUGAUGUUUACAGUUUUUCCAUCAUCGUGCAGGAGAUCGUCUCUCGCUCUUCACCUUUCUGCAUGCUGGACAUGCCUCCCAAGGAAAUUAUCAACAAGAUCAAAGAGCCUCCACCUCUGUGUCGUCCCAUUGUAUCAGUGGAGGAGGCCCCUUUAGACGUAAUUCAGUUAAUUAAACAAGCCUGGAGUGAAGAUCCAGCAAAGAGACCAACUUUUGAGGAUAUCUUCAAACAGUUCAAGAACUCAAAAGGAAAGAAGACUAACAUUAUAGACUCUAUGUUGCGGAUGUUGGAGCAAUACUCCUCUAACUUGGAGGACCUCAUCAGAGAGAGGACGGAGGAGCUUGAGAUGGAGAGGCAGAAAACUGAUCAGCUGGUGGCUCAAAUGUUGCCCAAGUCUGUGGCUCAGGCGCUGAAGCUAGGCAAGCCCGUGGAGCCGGAGCAUUUCAGUGAGGUCACGGUGUACUUCAGUGACAUUGUGGGCUUUACCACCAUCUCAGCUCUCAGUGAGCCCAUCGAGGUGGUUGACCUGCUCAAUGAUCUCUACACACUCUUUGAUGCCAUCAUUCCACUCCACGACGUAUACAAGGUGGAAACCAUUGGAGAUGCUUACAUGGUAGCUUCUGGAGUUCCCACCAGGAACGGCAGUCGUCACGCAGCUGAGAUGGCCAACAUGUCUCUUGAUAUUCUGAGCCUGAUAGGAAGCUUCAAGACUAGACACAUGCCUGACCUGAAAAUUCGGAUUCGUAUUGGUCUGCACUCUGGUCCAGUCGUGGCAGGAGUGGUCGGCCUGACGAUGCCUCGGUACUGUCUGUUCGGAGACACGGUCAACACCACGUCUCGAAUGGAGUCCACCUCGUUGCCUUACAGAAUCCAUGUCAACCAAACAACAGUUGAUAUUCUAAACAACUUGAAGAUGGGAUACAAUAUUCAGAUCAGAGGUCUGACAGAAUUAAAGGGAAAGGGUAUUGAGACCACCUACUGGCUGGUGGGGAAGGAAGGUUUUAACAAGCCUCUGCCAGUUCCCAUGGACUCCAAAGACGGUGUCAAUCAUGGUAUCGAACUAGAUGAGCUCCCUCCGGACAGACGACAAAAAUUCCUGGAUCGACAGAAGAAGGCAAACUAGUCCAUGAUCAGAGGCUGGUGUUUUUUGAAUUCAUGUUUUUCACAUGCCAAAGACAUGUCCAUAACAGGAAGCAACAAACCCAGGAAACAGAAGGUGAUCUGGAACCAGUGGCAGAGAUUUUCAUACAAUGCGUUUCUGCAUUUAUAGUUUGAUCAAAGCAAUUUAUCGAUAAAUCCAGACUUCUUUAUGCAAAAGCAGAAAAUGACUUUCAUCCAAUUGUCAGCACAUCAGUUGUUUUUAAACCACAAAAAUACAUCAUGGUGUCUCAAGGGUGGAUGACAGGUCUCAGAUGUGCUGAUCUAAAGGUUAACAACCACCAAACAAUAAGAGAUACCAAGCACUGCGAUACCAUGUGUUCUGCUGCAGGGCUUCUUGAACUGUAUGUAUUCCUACCAAUGUUUGUGUGUUGUAAAGAUAUUGAUCAGAUUUUGUCACAAGCACCACACUAUCUGGAACCAUAGAGUUUUAAGCUCAGUUAUGCCACACUUUAGAGGCCCUGAUUAUCACAGCUACACAAUAUAGCAGACAUUAACUUCCAUUAUGGCUUUGCUUUAUUUGCUUCGGUUGAUUUUGUGGCAGCGUCAUUUUCCACACAGGACAAAUCACGAAGUGUGUUGAGUGGAACCUGGACUGUUACUGUAACAAUUGAUUUACAAGUUAUCUAACAAGAUCUGAAAGACUUAAAGUAAAUUCCUCUUAGUCUUCUGGUGUAAACUAUCUGCAAAGGCAGAGCAAAAAACACUUCAUGGAUCCUCUUAUCACUGACAUAAUUUUCUCAGCAAUGCAUGGGUUACCUGUAAUUGCCAUAAUGUUCUAUCAUAUCGCUUCUUUGCUUUAAACUGAUUUUACCAAGAUGCCAGAGAAAGUGCUGGAUCCUAGUGUAAUCCAACGCUGCUCCUAGUGCAUCCCCAUCUGUUACUGUGCACUGAAAGCCAGCUGGCUGAAAAUAGGCUUGUUUUACUUGUACUUACAGAACAUACCAAUUUGGCUCACCAAAAAAAAGCACCUAUAAAGUUUAUUAAGGUAAAGCUGUUUGACAAGCGGAUCAAUCAAAUAGAUCAUUUUUGGGCCUAAUAUUAAUACCUCAAUAUUAUAAAACCAUAUUUUUAUCACGGUUAUCAUUCAGUAAGAAUGUCAAAUCUAUUCACAACCUUUUAAGAACCUGAGUUUUAACUGUUUCCUGAAGCAACUUACAGUGUUUUUAUGAUGUUGUGUAUAUUGCUUUAAACAUUAUAUCAGUUAUACAUCAGUGAAGGCAGUCUAUUACUGUAACAUACUGGAUGCAUGGCUGAAUGCACUCUGUGUUUGACGCAGUCCUUUAUUUCAUACAACAUGUUUCUUCCGCAGUGAAGCACAGAUUGUUAGUCAGUUGGCUGAAAUGAUCGUUUCCAAAGCUCUGCUUCAGCAGACUUAACCUGAAGGAUCUUCAUCUUUCAGAGGGAGAUGUCUGGGUGUCAUUUCUUCAACCGAGAAGUUCUGUUUGGACUCUUCAAGACUUGGAAAAACAAGUAUUUCUUCUUUGGCUUGGGGAUUUGUACAUACUGUAAAUGUGUACAUAGGUUGUGUCCUGCACAAUUAGGGGCUUUUUUUGUUUGAUUUUGUUCUGCUGGGUUUUCCUAAUCCUCUGACUGAAAUGGAGAUCUCAACAAAUCACAGGGGUUCAGUCACAGUCUGCCACAGCUCUUGUAUUGAGGUAACAACAAGCAGGUUGUGUCAAGAUGUGAAUUCCCUCUUACAAGCUGUAGACCUUUUUUGUUGGCAGCUUGCUGAUAAUUACUUUUAACCUUGCUGCAGUAGUUUAGUGUAUAGAGCCAAACCUGGAUGCAUGAUGACUUGAUUAUCAGGUUGCAUGUAAUGUAUUACACACCAUUAACUGUUUAGCAGUUCCGGCUCUUGAAGCACGAUUAAACCCAUGAAAAAGAGAAGAUCCUUAAUCAAGAUGAGCAACAUGGGAGGAGUGGUCUUUUCUUUCGUUGAUGGGUAUCUGAACAACAGCAUGACUAAUCCUAUUUUAAAGGGAAGACCUGUUUUUUUUUUUAGAUUUAUACCCAAUUUGCCAAACAGAUAGGUCACAUCAAAACUGAAUGGACUGCAUUGUUCAUUUUGAAAGUGAUCUCAGUGUGUUUCUGUAAAUAAAUUAUGGUUUUAGUGAA